CACAGUCCCACACUGUAGAGUCUGUCUGUCACGGCACAUCUCUCCAUCUUGUCAAAGUGGCUUAGAGAUGGAGCACAGGAGCUGACUUUGAAAGAAGCAACCAAGAACAGAAACUGUCUGAAAGGGCACAGAGGUCAGAGUCACCAGGACAAGACCCAGCCAGAAAGCUAAGUUCACAGAAGUGGGAAGGAACCAACACCUAGCAUAGAUGUGUGGAUAAUACCAGGGCCUCCGGAUCAGGGGAGCCACCGCCGCCACUGAUGUUUAACACGCAGGUCUCCCAGAAUCCACUGAGUCAGGAGGAUCAUGGCAGGCCCGGCCACAGUGAGACAUUCACUAUCCUCUCUCUCUUUCAAGUAGACCCCCAUGCGGCGUUGUAAGAGGUUGGAGGAGCACUUCAGACGUGGCCUUCCCAGAUGGAGAGACUAAAGCUGGGGCCAGUCCCAGAACACUUGUGUAUCAGGCUGGAGGCCAUGUUGCUCUUGGCAGUCAUUCUUCUCCCGAGCACAUUCUGUGACAUAGGAUCUGUAUAUAAUUCUUCCUAUGAAACAGUCAUCCCCAAGAGACUGCCAGGCAAGGGGAGUAAAGAUCCUGGAGGGAAGGUAUCCUACAUGCUGUUGAUGCAAGGCCAAAAGCAGCUGCUUCACCUCGAGGUAAAGGGACACUACUCUGAGAAUAACUUCCCAGUCUACAGUUACCACAAUGGCAUCCUGGGGCAAGAAAUGCCUCUCCUCUCCCAGGACUGCCACUAUGAAGGCUACAUGGAAGGGGUGCCAGGCUCCUUUGUUUCUGUCAACAUCUGUUCAGGCCUCAGGGGAGUCUUGAUUAAAGAGGAAACAUCCUAUGGCAUUGAGCCCAUGCUCUCUUCCCAAACCUUUGAACAUGUCCUCUACACCAUGGCACAUCAGCCUGUGGUCUCCUGCAGUGUCACUCCUAAAGACAGCCUGGGGAACACCAGCCACCAACAAAGGAGCAGGAUGCCCGAUGACCUACUGGUUCUGUCUGACUUGUGGUCAUACACCAAGUAUGUGGAGAUGUUUGUUGUGGUCAACCAGCAGCGGUUCCAGAUGUGGGGCAGUAAUGUCAACAAGACGGUCCAGGCAGUAGUGGAUAUCAUUGCUCUGGCCAACAGCUUCACUAGGGGAAUAAACACAGAGGUGGUGCUGGUGGGCCUGGAAGUGUGGACAGAGGGGGACCCGAUAGAAGUCCCGGUGGACCUGGAGGCUACACUCAGGAAUUUCAACUUCUGGAGACGGGAGAAACUCGUGGGCCGGGUCAGGCACGAUGUGGCACACUUGAUUGUUGGGCAUCGCCCAGGAGAGAACGAGGGCCAGGCGUUUCUCAAUGGUGCCUGUUCGGAUGAGUUUGCGGCGGCUGUGGAGGCCUUCCAUCAUGAAGAUGUCUUCCUGUUUGCCGCGCUCAUGGCCCACGAGCUCGGGCACAACCUGGGUAUCCAGCACGACCACCCGAGCUGCAGCUGUGGUCCUAAGCACUUGUGCCUCAUGCAUGAGAAGAUCAGGAAGGACAGUGGCUUCAGCAACUGCAGCUCUGACCACUUCCUCCAUUUCCUCCACGAGCACAGAGGGGCCUGCCUGCUUGACGAGCCUUGGCGCCAGAGCCGCAAGCGCAGAGAUACCCGCUGUGGAAAUGGUGUGGUGGAGGAUCCGGAGGAGUGUGACUGCGGUAGUGCCUGUGACAAAAGCCAUUGUUGUGAUGAAAACUGUAAACUAAAGGAGGGUGCAGAGUGCAGUAAUGAACUUUGCUGUUUGCGAUGUAAAUUUAAAAAGAGAGGAGAUGUUUGCCGGCCUGCUGACGGACCAUGUGACCUGGAAGAGUAUUGCAAUGGGACCUCCGCAGCUUGUCCCGGGGACAGGAUAGCUCAAGAUGGCUCCAUAUGCCAUGAAUCAUUCUUGUGCUUUGAGGGUCAGUGCAUGGACCCUAGCUUUCAGUGUUCACGUAUUUUUGGGUAUGGUGCAAGGUCUGCCCCAGAUUAUUGCUACACCUAUAUGAACUCAAGAGGGGACCGGUUUGGAAACUGUGGCAUCACCUCUGAUUUUCCAAGAAAGUAUACCAGGUGUUUAGGUCCAAAUACACUGUGUGGGAAACUUGUAUGUACAGAAGUAAUCUUCCUGCCGCAAAUCAAAGACAACCACGUGCUGAUCCAGGUCCCUCAAACUGAGGACUGGUGCUGGAGUUCAGAUAUUUUUGAGAAGACAGAUGGUCCUGAUGAGGGACAGGUGAAGAACAACACUUACUGUGGCCGAGAUAAAGUUUGUCAGAAUUCCAUUUGUAAGAACUACACCAUAGUCCAACAACCCUGUAGUUCAGAGAAACAAUGCAAUGAUCACGGGUUGUGCAAUGAUCUGGGGAACUGCCACUGUUCAUUUGGUUUUGCACCUCCUGACUGCAUAGAAGAAGGCACUGGAGGCAGUGUGGACAGCGGUCCCACUGUUAUAAUGCCAGAUAUUACAGAUCAGAACUCUACCCAGUCUAAAGCCGAGCUGAUACUUAACUUAAAGCUGAUCGUUAUGGCGGUCAUUCUGGUACUCAUGAUUCUCUUAAUAAUCAUAUGCAUCAUGACCGCCUACAGCAAGUCAGAACCUGGUUCUGUCGCAGAGCCUUCAGAGUUAGAGGAGGUUCCAGAGGAGGAGGAGGUCCUACCAGAAGAGGCUGAGGAAGAAGGAGAGGAGUGGGAGUUGGAGGAGAAACAGGAAGAGGCAGAAGCCCUAGAAGAAGAAGCAGAAGGGGCAGAAGCAGAAGAGGAAAUGAAAGAUGAAGAAGAGGGGGAGGACUAAGUGGGAGACAUAGAGCCAAUCAAUAGCUGAGCCUCUCACAGCCCUGAGAAGGAGGCUCUGGGAAGCAGAGGCUG